AUGCCUGACUCAAAAGUUCCAGCCGACGACGACGGCGGCUGCCCUCCUUGCAACAACUUGCUAUCAUCAUCGCCCCCACGGCGGCCAGAGUGGGAGAUGAGUCUCGUGUACAGAGUAAAACUAAGUAAGUCGGUAUCGUCAACGUCAAAAAGAUAUUUCAGUGAGAAUCUGCCGAGAUUAGAGAACAAGUCCUUGAAGAAAAUCACGUUAUGGUACUGUAAAUCUUCUGAGCAUAUCGAUAAACAUCCAGAAAUAGGCGAUAUUAGGCGCAGCUUCAGAAGAGAAAUAUUCAGCAAGGUUUUGCAACAGGUGGGAAAGUCAGUUUUUGCCGGUGGCAUUGAAGAUGGGGGCAGUGCGAUGACUGAUGUGGUGGUAAAAAUCCACCUGGUUCAGGAGUUGGGUAGCCUCAGGCUUUUAGAAGACAGGGAGGAAGACCAAUGUGCCCUCUGCUUAGAGGGUCUGUCCCUUGCUCUUAAUCUGAUAUUACCGUGUUGGCACAUGUACCAUCGCAACUGCAUUCUCCCAUGGCUGCGUACAAAACAAGAGUGUCCUGUCUGUCGCCACCAUUUGCCAAGGCAUAUUAAUUUGCAUUAG